UCGAAUCUCUAAAACUUAGAGUAUACAAAAGCACAACGCGCUUUCAGGAAAUGUAAGAAAGCGGGAACAUCUUUACCGAGAAGAUAUCAAUCAAUUACUGUACCAUUGUUCACUUUACCAAAUUAACAAAGGCCAUUAACACAUGCCGAGUAUAGCAAUAUUAUCAGCAACAGAAGGACAGUUCACAGAGUUUAAUGCAAUCAACAUUCCUUGAACGUUCACCAGAAAAUUCUUACAGUUUUCUAACCUGGUUUAUUAGACCCAGAAUACAAACACCCAUGAUUUUUGAAAAAGUGGAUCCACCUCAAAUCUCACUAAACUAUUCGACAAUGACUGUGAAAUCAUCUUCUAGUGCUUCGACCUGGUUUAUAUUGUCGGCACUUGGUACAGCCUCAAUUUACAUUGUCUUCAUUUUCUAUUCUUUAAAUCCUUUUGAUCUCAAUACAACAAGUUCUCUCAUCAUCAAUUCAGAUACAGACUACAGUGUUGCUGAGAAGGAUAAUGCAAGUUCUGUCAUCAUCAAUCCUGACUACAACGUUACUGAGAAGAACAAGUGUGACUUGUUUAAGGGUCACUGGGUUCCAGACCCAACAAGACCACUUUAUACAAAUUUGAGUUGUCCAACGCUGCCUGAUUCAAAGAAUUGUGCUAAAUAUGGAAGGAAAGAUUCUGACUAUUUGAACUGGAGAUGGAAACCACAAGACUGUGACCUCCCAAGGUUUGAUUCUAACAUCUUCUUGUCAAUCCUUCGAAGUAAAAGGUUAGCAUUUGUUGGUGAUUCUGUUGCUAGAAAUCAUAUGGAGUCGCUCCUUUGUCUUCUAUCUCAGGACCAAACUCCGUUGGAAUGGUGGAGGGGCUUCGAAGAUCGAGACAUAACAUUCUACUUUCCGUCAUAUGAUUUCACUCUAAUGGUCUUCUGGGCAAAUACCUUGGUCCUUGCAAACGAGAGAGUAAUUAACGGUUCUAAAACUGGCGUGAUCGACUUGCACCUUGACAAGGUUGACCAUUAUUGGGCUAUACUAUUACCAGCUUUGGAUUACUUAAUUAUCUCCGAUGCUCACUGGUUCUUCCGAAAGAGCUACUUGUAUGAAGGUGGUCAACUUAUUGGUUGUAUCUAUUGCGACGAAUCAAAUGUCACUCAACUAAACGUUCCAUUUGCCAUUGGAAAAGCAUUUAGAUCAACACUUGAAUACAUUGAUGAAUGCGAACAGUGUAAUGGCUUAGUUACUUUGCUAAGAACAUUUGCACCGUCACAUUUUGAAAAUGGGUUUUGGAAUACUGGAGGAUACUGUAACAGAACAAGUCCUUACAGUGAAGAGCAAGUCAACUUCGAUGGCCAUGAAACGGAACUCAGGAAUUCUCAAGUGAAAGAGAUAGAGAGAAUUAGGAACAUAAGUGAGAAGAGAGGGAAUAACAAGAGAUAUGAGAUCGUGGACAUAACCAGAGCUAUGAUAAUGAGACCUGAUGGGCAUCCUGGGUCUUAUUGGAACAAUAAAAAUGCACAUGGUCAUGAUGACUGCGCUCAUUGGUGUUUGCCAGGACCCAUCGAUGUCUGGAACGAUCUGUUGAUGGCUGUGCUGCAGAAGAUAGAUGGAUCGUCCAUUGGUUAAUGAUCUUUGGGUUUGUCACUAAUGGUUUUUGCUUAUACUUACUAUCCCGACAAAGUAUAUAAUAUUUCUACUGCAAGCUUGGGCAAAAUCAUUCAGUUUUGGCAGUAAAGAGCAAAAUAGUUGCCAUAGUUUUUGAAUUCAAAAGCAGAAAAUAUCAAGA